UCUUAAAAAAAAAAAUCAAGUACGAUCAGUGGUGUUUUAUUAAACAAAAUGUUUAAAUUGUGCUUACAGACAUGAAAUUGUGGAAGACAGAUCAUCAAAUUCUCUGCAGGAAAGCAUCUUAGUGGAAGUUGGAGGGUUGGAGAGAGUGGCUUUGGUUGUGUGCCUAUGUGUGAGUGAGUUGGGGAGAAUGAAUUUGGUGUGCGGACCUAUGCGUGAGUGAGUCACGGAGAGUCGCUUUGGUGUGUGGGCCUGUGUGUGACUGAGUUGGGAAGAAUUGCUUUGAUUGUGUGUCUGUGUGUGAGUGUGUCUGUGUGUGUGUGUCUGUGUGUGUGUUGUGUUGCUUUUCAGUGUUAUUCAACUCUUAUAAAAAUGUCUGUAUUUAUUUUCUAAGAAAGAAAUAGUUGUUAUCACUUUGAAAAUAUGAUCCAUGAUUCUGUUUUAAAACUAUAUAUAUGUCCAUGUUGUAACAUUUUUUAAAAAGACCGUCUGCAGAGCAGGAUGCUAUAGUAAUUAUCCUAGAACGAAGAAGUCAAUUCUUUUUUGUGUGUGCUUAACUGUAUAUUGUCAGUUUUUGCAAUGGAAAUGCAUUAUGUUUGUAAUCAUAAAAGAACACACUUACUGGAUGAAGAGGGAGGACCCUGAUACGUGUACUGAGAAGACAGCAUGGGCCCGUGCAUCCGACCACGCGAUUGGUGUCACGUGCCUGACCAGCUGUUUAUCAGCUUUGCCCCUCCACUUGCAGGGGUGGCUGAGCGCAGAUGCUCCAGAUGGUGGCCAGUCAGAGGACAGCAGGACGUGGUGGUCGUCUACCUGCUGCCACAGAGGACACAGUGGGCCCAGCACCCCAGCCACAUGUGAUGGAGCCUCCAGGCCUGCCCAGCACCUACUGCCCUGGGACAGGCUCUCUUUCAAGUCAGCUCCUCUGUCCAGGAAGCAUCCGAGAGGCCCUGUGGUCCUGGCCGAGGAGGCAGGCCGUAAGGAGGGCAGGCCCGAGGACCCAGGUGUGGGCACACUCCGUGUGGAGUGGUCUCUGAGUCCAGACCUGCAGUGCCUGUUUCCUGUGCCCUGGGGACCUGGAGAACAGAGGACCGAUGGGCACUGCAGCAGGGCGGAGCAGGCCUGAGCCCAGCUCGAGGAAAGCUUGCCUUCUCGUCUGGUGUCCCCGUGUUUUACAUAAUUAGGUAAGUCACUUAAUGUCGCUGUGUCUUGUUAGAGAAGCUACUAAUCCUUAGAGCUAACAGAACUAACUAAUUAGUGUAGAACACUUGGAAAAUACAAGAAAUUCAGAUGUGGAGUGUAAUUUCCCAGUCCUCCCGGCACUGACGCUCGCACAGUGUCGCAGUGUCCCUGGUAGAGCUGCGGACCUGGCUGCAUUGAGGAGGGAUGGGUCUUGGAGGCGGUGGCAUAAGUGAGACACCGUACUGAAGCCUCAGGGCUGCCGGCCACACACCCUGCCCUGCUUUGCCGGCUGAAGGCCACAGGGGGACAACAAGAAGGGAACUAGCCAGGGGCCACCUGCCUUGCUACCCCGGGACCUCGAGGCAGGGGCAGCCGGGUCCCAGGGCAGGGGACCGUGGGCUCAGAGCCUGUCGGAGCCACAGGGAGGUGCUGAGAUGGCCUGAGGGCUGGAGCUUCCCCCUGGGAGGGGCUGGGCUUCCACGAACUGGUGGUGGCCGAGGUCAGGAGAGCCGGAUGUGGCCAGCCCCGGGUUUGGCUCUGGGCACUGCCCGUGACUGGCCGUGCCUCAGCAAACCUGCUUUGCCCUCCACCUUCUCUCCCCUGAAAUGGAGCUAAUGACGCCGCCUCGCAGCUCCUCCAGAAGGUAAAGAAGGGAUUGUGGGACACCUGGCACACAGCCUGGUGGAUGGCACUCACUGCUGUUUUCCUCUGUGACAGAGAACCACAGAGGUUCCUUCACAGUUGGCGAGCUGCUCAGAAAUGAUAUCCGAGUCCGAGGCUCGGCCUUCACUCACUCCGAGCUCCAGCGGUGCCUGCAGCCACCUGUAGGGUGUGCCUUUUCCUCUAGUAUUAUUGGAAAUAAGAUAGACGAUCGAGUGUUCACUUCCUAAGGAUGUAUGGAGCUGUCGGCAAAUCAUUAAUCUCUCUUUAAACCACGGUGACAAUAUUUACAUUUAAGAUCAAGAUGAUGAUUAUCUGAAGAACUCCCCUGGAAGCUCUUCCCACAACUGGAAAAACACAGCAGCAGCCAGUUAACAGAGGCACAUCCCAGGCCAGAAUAACUGCCUGACAGUCCACGGGGCCAGGAGUCUACAGGGUGUUGGCAUGGGGAGCUGCGUCUUCCGGCAGAGGCUGGAGGGCUGCUGUUGGCAGAGUAGAUGGAGCCGCCCGGGGCACAGAGUUCAGUCCCAACCUUGCAGGAAUGUGGUUCUCACAAACCAGCUGGAGAAAAGCAUUUCUGAAAAGAACUGUUUUGAGUUAUUUAAAAAAAAAAAAAAAAUUGUGGGCCAGGCAC